AUGCGUGCAUGGGUUUUGCAAGCAAAGAGGAGUUCUGCGUCCCGGGGCUGGCUGACUGGGUGGGCAGAUAUCAUGACAUGGCAUGGCGCGACGGGGAAACGGGGAACGAAUUACACUGCAGUGGCUCGGGCUAGAUUUUACAUUCCCAACAUAUGUAGACGGGUUAUUACGGACGUCGAAGCUACCUUUCUUCUCUUCUCUGCUUUGCUUUGCUUUCGUUGGUUUUUCUACUCCUCUUACUUUCUCGCUCAAAGCAGGCGGGACGACAAGAUAAUCAGGGUGGUGUGGUGUGGUGGGUGGUCUUGCUAUGAGCUUGAGCUUUCCGUAGAGUAA